GUGUCCUCAGCCCCCGCUGUGAGGCGGCCGCUCAAGGGGGAAGCUUGAGCCUCGCGCGCUGCCGUCCGGCCCCGGCUUGGCCGCGGCCCAUCGAGCAGCGCGGCUGCGGCUCUUCCUUCCCUGUCCCGGCCGCCAUGUCUGCCCUGGCCAAGGCUUCCGGCGCUCUCAAAUCCGUGGAUUACGAAGUGUUCGGACGAGUGCAAGGUGUUUGUUUCAGGAUGUACACAGAAGAGGAAGCUAGGAAAUUAGGAGUGGUUGGCUGGGUAAAAAAUACCAGCCAAGGAACUGUAACGGGCCAAGUUCAGGGCCCAGAAGAUAAAGUAGAUGCAAUGAAAUCCUGGCUGAGUAAAGUUGGAAGCCCAAGUUCUCGCAUAGAUCGAACAAAUUUUUCCAAUGAAAAGGAGAUUCCCAAGCUUGACUUCUCAGGAUUUAGCACUAGAUACUAGCAGAAUGAAACCUCACUAAGCAAGAAACCAUGAUGUUUCUACUGCGUAUGGUCUGUGCCUCCAUCAAGUAUCAGAAGAGCUUUUGAAUUCUUUUCGUACUAAAGAUAAAUAUAAAUGGUCCCUAUUCACAUGAAGUAAGAAUUUUUAGUUGCUGUAUAGACAUGAAUGUCAAUGUGUAGUAUUUAAAAUAACAUAAUCUAAUUUUUUGCAUCUUGAAAGCUACAUAAGUAGUUAAAACUGCCAGUGUUUAUUUGUCCACAUUGAGAUGUUAUAUAUAACUAUGGCACUAAUCUUUACACUGUGAUUCAUAUUUCAGAUGCAAAAUAAUAAAUUUAUGUUCUACUGUUUGUAAUAUCACCAAGAAUACUUAACUAUGGAGCCAGAACAUUGAGAGAUCUAUUGUAACAGCUCUGUUAGUAUAGAUCAUGUUAUUUGUCCUAUUAAGUUAAGAUAUAGCUGUAAUUUAAAAUAAAUUUGUGUUGCCUCAAACUAAGGUUACCUAUUCAGCUAAGGUUUAAAAUUCUCUAUAAUAAUGUGCAUAAGUCUUCAAACAAGAUCAUGAAAUGCGUGGUGUCUCACCCCUUUUUCCUUGUCUGACUACAAUUUACUUCCAUACUGAUUAUAAAGAGUGUUUUGGUCUUUUGGGGUUUUUUGAUGCUCUUACUAAAAUUGAAGAGUUUUCUUUAUGGAUGUCUGUUUGCUCCCUAUGUGUUGGAACCUGAUUCGGUAUGGUGCACUCACAUAUGUCCUACCAAGUAUGUGGGAAGCCCUGAGAAGCUCGAAUUACGUGCUUGCAAUAAAUGAUGGAUCUAAUUCUCAUA